UCAAUCAAAAAGAUCAAUAGUAUUGCUAGGAUGGGAUGGUGCAGGCUUGAACUGGCUCUGGUGCUUCUCAUAAGCUUCGGCCUGUGGCAUGUCUCCCAAGCCCAAAACUCCCCGCAGGACUACUUAAACGCCCACAACGCAGCCCGUGCGCAGGUGGGCGUCGGCCCCAUGAGGUGGGACAACAACGUCGCAGCCUACGCCCGAAACUAUGCCAACCAGAGAAUCCGAGACUGCAACCUGGUGCACUCAGGCGGCGGACUCUACGGCGAGAACCUGGCCAAAGGCAGCGGUGCAUUUACAGGUGUAGAUGCUGUCAACUUGUGGGUUAAGGAGAAACCCUUCUACGAUUACAAUUCCAACUCCUGCAUUGGAGGCCAGUGCCUGCACUACACUCAGGUGGUUUGGCGCGAUUCUGUUCGUCUGGGAUGUGCUAGAGUGAGAUGCAACAAUGGAUGGUUCUUCGUCACCUGCAACUAUGAUCCCCCUGGCAACUUCAUUGGGGAACGUCCUUAUUCCUUUGUAGAGAGUUCUUGAUGGGAGAGCUCUUCACUUGGCAUAACUGCUUAUAAGUUCAUCUAAGGUCUCACAUAUAUAAAAUAAGUUGUGGAUUUUGUAUCUUGGAUAGAUCAUCAGAUAGUGAUCAAGAGGAUCAUUAUUAGUCCAUACUGUGGUUAAUAAGUGAAGACACCGGUGGCUGUGGUUAAUCUUCAACCAGCCCAUCUUGUGCAGUAUGAAUAAGAGUUCGGAUUAAUCACUCUUUCUUUA